GGUCGCGGGGCCGUGCCCUCGCUGCACACCGGGGCCGGUCGCGGAGGGGAGACUGCGGCGGAGAGCUCCCCCGCUGCAGGAGGGGCGAGGGUCCCGACUCGAGGCUUGAAGGCUGUGCCACGUGGCCUUUUUUAUACUCUGGAAAAUGUCUUGAGCCAUGCACCAGAGCAAGAAGGAAGAACCGUGCGCGAGGACAUGGUUUUACCUGGUUUCUAUAUGCUGUCAUCUGCUCAUCUGGUCCCUACAAGUGUCCGGCUUGCCCAGUCCUGGAUCUGCAGUUCUUCUCGUUCCUUCAUGGAUCUGAAGGCUCUUCUUUCUUCCUUGAAUGACUUUGCAUCCCUCUCGUUUGCUGAGAGUUGGGACAAUGUGGGAUUACUGGUGGAACCAAGCCCUCCCCAUACUGUAAAAACACUCUUCCUGACCAACGACUUGACUGAGGAGGUCAUGGAGGAGGCACUGCAAAAGAAGGCAGAUCUCAUUCUCUCCUACCAUCCACCUAUUUUCCGGCCCAUAAAGCACAUAACUUGGAAGACCUGGAAGGAACGCCUGCUGAUCCAGGCACUGGAGAACAGAGUCGCCAUCUACUCUCCCCACACAGCCUAUGAUGCCGCACCCCAGGGAGUCAACAGCUGGUUAGCCAAAGGGCUUGGAACUUGCACUACCAGACCCAUCCACCCCUCCAAAGCUCCUAACUACCCAACAGAGGGAACUCACCGCCUGGAAUUCAGUGUGAGCCACACCCAAGACCUAGAGAAAGUCAUGUCUGCAGUGAAAGGAAUUGGAGAGGUUUCUGUCGCUUCUUUUCCUGCUAGGAGUGAUGAUGAGGAGCAAAUGCGGAUCAGCCUGAACUGCACUCAGAAGGCUUUGAUGCAGGUGCUAGCUUUCCUCUCCCAGGACAGACAACUUUAUCAGAAAACUGAAAUUCUUUCAUUGGAGAAGCCUUUGCUCCUGAAUACUGGAAUGGGACGGUUAUGCACAUUGGAUACAUCUGUCUCCCUGGCAACAAUGAUAAAGCGGAUCAAAAGACACCUGAAGCUAUCUCAUCUUCGCUUAGCUCUUGGAGUAGGGAAGACGUUAGAGUCUCCAGUCAACACUGUGGCCCUGUGUGCUGGUUCUGGAGGCAGCAUUCUACAAGGAGUGGAGGCUGACCUUUACCUCACAGGUGAAAUGUCCCACCACGAUGUCCUAGAUGCUGCUUCUAAAGGAAUAAACGUCAUCCUUUGUGAACACAGCAACACUGAGCGAGGCUUCCUUUCUGACCUUCAAGAAAUGCUGGGUGUCCACCUGGAAAAUAAGAUUAAUAUUGUCCUGUCUGAGACAGACAGGGACCCUCUCCAUGUGGUUUAAAGUGGACAGGGACAUCAUGACACAGGCUACACAUCAUCUGGAGUGAAGCAGGACGCAGGGAGUCAGUGGCAUGGCCACACUGCUGUACAGGUGUAACGGGUGAUGUCAUUUCAGCUCGUUAAUCCAGCUGACCAAGUGUUAUAGCUCAUAAGGGAAAAACUGUGUGAAGAGUUUGUGUAAAGAGUAUACCAAAGACAAAUAAACUCUUAGAAAAGACUAAAACCUGUAGGAAUUUCUUGUUUGAUUACUUGUGCCGGUUUCCUGUGUAACCCAAGAUAGCCUCCAACUCACUAUUUAGCUAAGGCUGGCCUUAGACUCUUAAUCCUCCUGCCCUCUAAGUGCUGGGAAUAAAGGCAUGCAUUCCUGAGAACAUUCUUGGGAAGUAGCUCUGUGUAAAUGGUGUUUCAGCCUCAAAGAUCUCUGCCCUUCAGUUAAUCCUAAUCAUUUAAAAACUGAUUUGGGCUGUGCAUAGGUGGCACAUGUCUUUUAACCCAGAGUUUUAG